AAAAAAGUCUUUUCUUUUUUUUUAUGGUUCUUUGUUAAACGCGCCCUCUUUCUUCUUUUUUUCUCUCUCUUAGUUAAUAAAGAACACACGUAAAAAUGGGAGAAUCAAAACCUGAUUAUGCAGUGGUCAUUGACCAAGAACCUGAAAAUAAUAACACAACUAAUACAGUAGUGGCACCUUCAAGAAUUAGAUUAUCUCCUGCAAUGAGAGCUAUACUUCCAAUUGCCAGUUAUUGUUUGGCCUCCAUUUUAAUGACUGUAACAAAUAAAUAUGUAUUGAGUGGUUAUGACUUUAACAUGAACUUUUUAUUGUUAACUAUUCAAAAUUUAGUUACAGUUGUUUUACUACAAUCUUUUAAAUUCCUUAAUCUCAUUAAAUUCCGUGAUUUUGAUAAAGAUGAAGCUCGUAAAUGGUUACCUAUUGCUAGUUCACUAGUUGCCAUGAUUUAUACAGGUUCAAAAGCACUUCAAUUUUUACGCAUUCCCAUUUAUACUAUAUUUAAGAAUUUGACCAUUAUUCUUAUUGCUUAUGGUGAAGUAAUUUGGUUUGGUGGAAAAGUGACUCAUUUAAUGUUAGUUUCAUUUGGUUUGAUGGUGCUAUCGUCUGUUAUUGCUGGAUGGGCAGAUAUUAGUGAUACUUUGAAUCAAAUUGUAGCACUUGAUACAACAUUUAUCGGAUACUUUUGGAUGGCCACUAACUGUCUUGCAUCAGCUGCAUUUGUACUUUAUAUGCGUAAAAGAAUUAAGCUUACAAAUUUUAAAGAUUUCGAUACAGUUUAUUAUAACAACAUACUUUCCAUUCCCCUUUUAAUUAUUCCCAGUUUUAUUUUUGAAGAUUGGAGUGCAGAAGGAUUGAGCAAGAAUUUUCCUGCUGAUAUACGUCAAUCUAUGAUUAUUGCCAUGAUUUUCUCUGGUAUGUCUGCAUUUGCCAUGUCUUAUGCAUCUGCUUGGUGUGUACGUACUACUUCCUCUACUACUUAUUCUAUGGUUGGAGCCUUAAAUAAACUACCUAUUGCUGCAUCUGGUAUUUUAUUCUUUGGUGAUCCAGCUACAUUUGGUAACGUUACUGCCAUCCUUGUGGGCUUUAUUGCUGGCUUAGUAUACUCAAUUGCAAAGACAACUGCAAACAAAUCAAACAAUACAAACAAAGAUAUUAUUCCAAUGUCAUCCUCAAGCCAAAGUAAUGCUGACGCUAAUAAAGACCAUGGAAAACCAUAGUAUAUAAAUAUAUAUCUUUUUUUUUAACAAACAAACAAACAAAAAUAUAGAACUUCUAUCAUUAUAUUACGUUUAUCUUUUGCUUGUUGAACUGCAUUAAAAAGAAAAUGCUUUAACAUCAAAUUAUAGUAUUGCCUUUUUAUUAUUAAUACCUCUUGAUCAUCACCAAGAUAGUGUAAUUCAACUUUAUCUCAGAUUACCAUAAAGUGGCUUGUUUGUAUACAUAUACUACUGUCAUUAAUAACAGUUGACCUAUUUAUCUUGUACAUGAUUGGAUUCUAUAUAAAGAAGAAAAUCAUCAUGAAUUAGUAGUAGUAGUUAUUAAUAAAUACUAUGCUUAAAUAAGAAAUGAUGGCAAUUUUUAUUCUUUAUUUUUAUUGUUUUAGAUACUAAUUUUUAAAGAUAGUUUAUCCGUAAUUUUUUGACUUGUUGACUUGACAUUGCUAAAU